CGCAAGAUGAGAUGGUCUCCAUCGGGAGCGCGCACAUAGAAAACUUCAAGAACUUCUGAAAGUCUGGAAAUUCAUCAGUCUUGUCUGGAGCGUAAGUUCUCAGACACUCAAACAUCAUUCUAGGAUAUUUCAAUUCACUGGAAGAACUAUGGACAGCAUGGGAAUUUUGUCUCUUAUCCUCUUCGUCUUGGUGCAGAGUGAGUAUUUGUAUUUUAGAUGGAGAUGCAGCCUGUUAUUUGUUUUAUCUUGGCCUAAUGGAUAUUUUGACUGAAAAUACGAUUUCAAGGGGAGUCAAUGAACAGUCAUGCAUACUGUAACAUUCAUACAUAUGACUAAUACAGGAUAGUAUUAUUCAAUACCAUACAGGCUAUGGUGUUGAUGUUUGAUGAUUUUCGAUCUAUUUUACCUUUAGUUUACCAGGUUAGUCUCAUUGAGAUGAACAAUCUCUUUUACCAGAGAGACCUGGCCAAAAUAGCAGCACACAAAGUUUCAGAAACAUUUACAACAUAAACCACAGUGCACUACAGUUUUAAAAACAUAAAUGUACACAUUGAGCAGCAAGAUGGUUUGGGGAAGUGUGGUGCAACUAUGGGUCAAAACAUUGACAGCCCCCCACUUCAUUUUCCAUCAAGCUGUGUGUGUGUGUGUGUGUGUGUGUGUGUGCAUGUGUGUGUGUGUGCGUGUAUGUAAGCUAUAUAUAUGUAUUGUAUGUCCCUGAGACUGAGCACACUUUAAACAGUUAGGUUUGGUGUAUAAUGUGUUUAGGGAUUGGGAUGGGCAUGCGUUGGGGUUGGGAAGAGUGGGACAGGGAUCGUACAGAUCUUCUAUUUACAUUAGACCCUCUGAUGCUGUCCAAGCCCAGAGACCCAGAGAUCCAGAGGCUGAUGAAAGGCCAGACCUCUGAGGGGCUCCAGGGCUCUUGAGAGCCAAUCUCUCUGAUGCCUCGUGCAGGCAGGCGAUGGUCCUGUUUAAUGUUGUUGAUAGCCCCUCCAUGACCCAGUUUCUAAUUGGCCAGAGAUGGAAUCAAUCAGUUGCUAUCUGGAAUGGUUAUAGACUCUCUGUAGUGUUUGAGGUUGUUCUUCCAAACGGCCAUGGGAAGGGUUAUCACUGUUCACUGGUCCAAAGAAAUGUGAUGUAAUAUCAGCAAUUACAGUUAGGUUAGAUGACUGAUGUGUGUGUGUGAUAGCGAGAGAGAGAGUUAAAAGCCCUCUGUCAAGGGUAAAGUUACUGUGAAACAGAGGGGCUUUGUGUAGAGGGACCCCCCCCCCCCCCCCCCCCCCCCCGCCACAAACACAGAGUCAAAAAGAUUAAGGACAGGGACCUUGAAGUGAUAGUGGAUGACCAGCAGCUGUCUCCAUCUACUGUCUGCGAGUGUACAAAAAAGUAUACAAAUGUAUGCACUCACUACUGUAAGUCGCUUUGGAUGAGACCGUCUGCUGAAUUACUAAAAUGUAAAAUGUUUGUGAGAGAGAGAGAGAGAGAGAGUAUAAACAAAUAAUCUCCCAGAUAAUGUGUUUGCCUGUGUUGAUAUUUGUGUGUUGUUUCAGUAUGUGUGUAUUCCUAUGUUAGUUUAAGUGUGUGUGUGUGUGUAGGUUAAUCAGGUCAUGUAGAGAUCAGUAGUCUGCCAUCCAUCACCUCCAUUCCUCCUACACACUACAUUCCUGCUGGUAACACCAGGUACCAGGACAUUUCCAUUCUGUGGGUUUACUCUGCCUCGCUCUGUGUGUGUGUACAUGUGUUAGUGAGUGUGUAUAGUAAGGGAAUGAGAAUUUGCAUUGUGUGUGUGUCUCUUUGUCUGUCUGUGUCUGGAUUUUUGUCUCCUCUUUCUCAAACAAAUAUCUUCUGAAAUACCCCCCUCAGCCCAAUCUGGACUGUGUAGUACACAUCUCAGUUCAGACAAUGUUUACAUAAAGUUUUUGUAUUUAAGAAAGUUUGAAGUUAGAAACGAUGCUACAAAUAGUUAACGUUUAGUGCUGCUGUGUGUAUUAUUUACGCAUGAAUCACUUCUCUCUCUCUCUCUCUCUCUCUCUCUCUCUCUCUCUCUCUCUCUCUCUCUCUCUCUCUCUCUCUCUCUCUCUCUCUUUCUCUCUCUCUCGCUGUCGCUCUCUCGCUGUCUCAGGUCCUGCCUCCCUCUCUCUGACAGUGAGCACCCGUAAGGCCAAAGUGGUGGUCCAUGAGAACACAGGUAAGAGAGGAGGAAGAUGAUCAAUAGGAGGGGAGGGGAUGAAUUGUGGCGCAGUGCUAACUGUGCCACUAGAGAUCCUGGUUCGAAUCCAGGCUCUGUCGCAGCCGGCCGCGACCGGGAGACUCAUGGGCGGCGCACAAUUGGCCCAGCGUCGUCCAGGGUAGGGGAGGGAAUGGCCGGCAGGGAUGUAGCUCAGUUGAUAGAGCAUGGCGUUUGCAACGCCAGGGUUGUGGGUUCGAUUCCCACGGGGGGCCAGUAUAAAAAAUAAAAUAAAACAAAUUAUUCACUAACUGUAAGUCGCUCUGGAUAAGAGCGUCUGCUAAAUGACUAAAAAUGUAAAUGUGUCUCUAUCUCUGUCAGACGCUGUGCUAUCCUGUCAGUUCAAGACAGAGAAGGAGACUAACCCUCGUAUCGAGUGGAAGAAGAAAGGGAAGGACAUCACCUUUGUUUAUUUCAAUGGCAAAUUCAGCGGUAACUACUAGACCUCUCUCUCUUCCUCCUCGCCGCUCUUUCUUCAACCUUUUCCCUGGCUCUACUCUACUGCUCCACUCCACCUCUCCUCCAUCUCUCACUACAUUCCUCCCCCUCUUCUCUUUCCUCUCUUUACCCCUUCUCUCUCAUCUCUGUAACCCUUGACCCCUGUGGUAUCCCAGGAUCCUUUGCAGGUCGGGCCAAGAUCGAGGGGGCGACGGUGACGCUGCACGCCGUUACCCAGAAGGACUCUGGCCUGUACCGCUGUGAGGUCAGUGCUCCAGCAGACCACACCAACCUGGGAGAGAUUAACGUCACCCUCAACGUACUGGGUGAGCGUGUGUGUGCGUGUGGAUGUGUGUGUGUGAGAGAGAGAGAUUGAGGAUGUCUGUGUAUUUGUGCUGAGGGGCCUUUGUGCUGUCGUUAGUAAUCCUAUCCUCCUCCCCCAGUGCCCCCCCACACCCCGUCCUGUGAGGUGCCCAGCUCAGUGCUGUCUGGGGUAGGGGUAGAGCUCCACUGUAAGGACAAACUCAGUGUACCCCCUCCUACCUACAUCUGGUACAAAGACAACAAGGCCCUGAGCACCACACACACAACUGACACCUCCUUUAGCAUGGACACUGACAAGGGAACACUGGUGAGUAACAUGUAAUGGAGGUGGUUCAAAGGCACGUUAAUUAUGUUUUAUCACACUACACACUCUCUUUCUGUCCUCACCAAUUCUCUCCUCUCUCUGUGUGUCUCCGGAGCAGAAGUUCAAGAGUGUGUCCAAGGCCGACUCAGGCCAGUACCGCUGUGAGGCAUCCAACAGCGUGGGGGCGCCCAAGAGCUGUGUGGCCCAUCACAUGAAGGUCAUAGAAUGUAUGUACAAUCCAGUGUGUUGUUAGAAUGUUUGUGGAAAUUUGAACCCUUUCUGUCUUUUCUUUUCCUUUUUUUCACCCUCUCUCUCUUUUCCAAUCAUCAAUCCUCCUUAACGUUCUUGCCUUUCUCUCUCUGCCCCUAUCACAUCUCUUCGUCCCUCUGUGCCCCCUCUUUCAGAUGAGUUGAGUAUGACGACACUGAUAGCCGGAGCUGUAGGUCUCUUCCUGCUCAUUGUCAUGUGCUGCCUGGGUGUGUGUCUCUGUCAUCGACGGGGCUGCUGCAAAAAGAGUGAGUACUUACCACUACUGACUGAGCUUGUGACUGGCUGAUAAAAUGAACAAUAUUUUCUAACUGUCCUGUUCUUCAUGUUUUCCAACAGAGGAGCACAAAGGAAGAAGGUUAGUGUUUCAGACAACCAUUCUGGGAACUUAUCAUGGUGUUUUUCAUUAGUUCAUUUCAUUAGUUAAAGCUAUUCUUUACAGAAAAAAAAUCUGAAAAAUAAAAUAAUUAAUUGUGGUGUUUGUCUUUUUUCUUUUAGCACCAACUCCUACAAUCCACCUCCUCCCACCAGAAACGUGAGUGUGUUCUCAACCCUAGUUCUUCUACUAUCAGUAUUGGCUUGGUAGAGAAGUGGUCAUGUUUUACAUUGGACUGUUCUUUGAGCAGUUGUUGACCACAUCACUGUGUUGAUAAGACUGAGUUGUUGAUAAUAGUAACAGAUCUAGUGAACUGACAGAUACUCUUUCCCUUUCUGCAGCCCAAGAACUACGAACACACCCAGUCCUUCAUGAUUUGAGGGUUUCCUCUGUAAAGCUUGAGGCAGUGAUAUCACUGUUCAAAAGCUUGAAGCCCAAAUCAAAGCUUGAG